AUGCAUCCUUGUCUGUCCGAGUUCCCCUCGAACAUGUUUUACGAUGGCCAGCUCCAGAAUGGUGUCACGUACGAGCAGCGUCUUCGCAAAGACGUCGACUUCCCUUGGCCCGUAGCAGAGACACCCAUGAUGUUCUGGGCCAAUUACGGCGGCGAGGAGAUUUCUGCCUCGGGUACCUCUUAUCUCAACCGAACCGAAGCUUCCAACGUCGAGAAAGUUGUCACUCGCUUUUUCAAGGCCGGGGUCAAGCCUAUCGACAUCGGUGUCAUCACCCCGUACGAGGGACAGAGGAGCUGGGUUGUUAGCACAAUGCAAAAUACGGGCACUUUCAAGAAAGAGGCGUACAAGGAGGUCGAGGUGGCAAGCGUGGAUGCGUUCCAGGGCAGAGAGAAGGACUACAUUGUCUUGUCAUGUGUGCGAUCCAAUGACAAUCAGGGCAUCGGGUUCUUGUCGGACCCUCGACGUCUCAAUGUGGCCCUUACCCGUGCCAAAUACGGCUUGGUCAUUCUAGGCAACCCCAAGGUCCUGGCCAAGCAUGAGCUCUGGCACAACUUGCUCGUGCACUACAAGGACCGCAAGUGUCUGGUCGAAGGCCCUCUAACCAACUUGCAGACGUCAUUGAUUCAGUUCCCUCGGCCCAAGCCGUCGCGGCCACGCGCCAACCCUCAGCAGCAAUACAACCAUCCCCAAGGAUACGCCAACGGCCGCCACCAGCCUCCGCAGCACUCUGUGCGUGACUUCGAUGCGGGGUCAAUGCUGUCGUACGUGCCCGACGACGCGUCCUCGAUUCACGGCUCCGCGCUGGGUGGUGCAGCUCUCGGCCCGGCAUUUGCCAACAUCUUUUCCAAUUUUACGCCUGACCAGUGGCCUGGCCUUCCAGGCGUGCCCACUGCCAGCAGAUCGGGCGGUCGCAAGGGCGGCCGCGCCACGGAAAGCAUUGCUGGGGAGAGCGUCGCCAACUCUGAGCUCACCGAUGCUACGGCAAGCGUUAUCGGAGCCAAGGGGGUAGGUCAGGGCGGUGUCAGCCUAGGCGCGGGUCUUCAUGAGGCGGUGCGUAGCCUGCCCUUGGGUGGCACCAAUAGUGCGCAGAAGGACCGAUUUAAACGCUACGUGGAGAGCGAUGGCCGCAUGGCCUCCGGCAACCGCUACGCUCGACGCAUCGACGACGACGAGAAGAGCGUCAGCACCGCAUUCCAGAGCCAAGUCGGCGGCGGGUUUGACUGA